AUGAGUGACAAUCGUGAAGGAUCUGCCCAACAACCUCUGGCAUCAUCACCAUCAUCGUCUGAUAUAAUAAUAGAUUUACAAUUAGUAAAUCAACAAGAGCAAGAAUCAGAUCAAAAACAACCAAAAUAUAUACUACAAAUAAAGAAUAGUAAAAUUUCAGAUAUAAUAAUAUCAUCAAUCAACUUAAAUCUAUCAUUUAAUGAUUUACUAGUAGAUAAAGAUAUAAAUAACAAGAAUAACAGUGAUGAUGAGUGUAAAACUACAUUACCCCUACCUCAUUAUCUCCUAGAGUCAAACAAUGAAAGAUUUAAAAGAGAUUUUAGUUUACCUUUUGUCAGUAUAUGUUUGUGUAUGAAGAAUGCAAGUUUGUACAUAGACGAAACAUUACUCUCUGUCGUAUUACAAUCUUAUAGAGGUCCGAUUGAAUUAUCAAUGUUUGAUGAUUUAAGUACUGAUGAUACAAUUGAAAUUGCAAAGAAAUGGAUUGUAUUAUUUAAACAUUAUUCUAUUAUGUUUGUUUUGAAUGGUGGGAAAGGUGUGGAACAGAGAAUAGUUGAAACUCAUUCAAUACCAGAGUAUCAGUUACUAGUGGAUUCCUAUCGCGCUCGGCAUCCAAAUAGCCAAUCACUGAUUGAGUUGGGCGAAGACACUAUGCCUCUUUUGGAGAGUGGUGGAUGUGGAUACGCAAGAAACAAAGCAAUACAAUAUUCACACGGUGAUUAUCUAUGUAUUCUAGAUUCAGACGAUAUUAUGUAUCGCGAAAGAAUUGAACUACAAAUUAAAGAAUGCUUGAAAUAUAAAGACGAUGGUGAUGAUAAUGUUAUUGUUGGAUCGAACUUUCUUAGAAUACCGGAAGGAUCUUCUAAUAGAUAUACAGAGUGGUGCAAUCGAUUGACCAACGAAGAGCUCUAUCUUCAUCAGUAUCGAGAGUGUACUAUUAUACAACCUACUUGGUUCAUGAGAAGAGAUACCUGCUAUAGAGUAGGUGGUUUCUCAACUCAACAAUCAAAUUUGGAGUUAUAUAAAGUGAAUGAAUCGCCGACAUCACCUACAACAGCAAUAACAGCAUCCACUUCACCAACUACACCUAUAAAGAAACAACCUAUUCCGGAGGAUUUAAUAUUCUUCCACAAGCAUCUACAACUCGAAGGAAAACUUGGAAAAAUAAAAUUAGAAUAUUUAGAGAAAAGAGUUUUAAAUAAAUGGUCAAGUUUCUCGAUUUGGGGAGCCGGAAGGGAUGGUAAGAAGUUUUUUACGAUGCUAUCCGAUGAUAAUAAGAAUAAGGUAAAGGCAUUCUGUGAUGUCGAUACUUCAAAGAUUGGAAGAAACUACAACGCAGCUUAUACCAACCAAUCGAUUCCAAUUAUUCAUUUCUCAGAAGUGAAACCACCUUUAAUUAUGUGCGUUUCACUUGAUCGUACCAAUCAAGAGUUUGAAAACAAUAUAAAGUCUUUAAAUAUAGUAGAAGGUAUUGAUUAUUGGCAAUUUAAUUAA